CCAUACAACCCAAAACUUCCACAGCGGCCAAGAUGUCGUACGCGUACCUCUUCAAGUACAUCAUCAUUGGCGACACGGGCGUCGGCAAGUCCUGCCUCCUCCUGCAGUUCACGGACAAGCGCUUCCAACCCGUGCAUGACCUGACGAUUGGCGUCGAGUUUGGGGCCCGCAUGAUCAGCAUCGACAACAAGCAGAUCAAACUGCAGAUCUGGGACACGGCCGGCCAAGAGAGCUUCCGCUCGAUCACGCGGUCGUAUUACCGCGGCGCGGCCGGCGCGCUCCUCGUCUAUGACAUUACGCGCCGAGAGACGUUUAACCACCUCACGCGCUGGCUCGAAGAGGCGCGUCAGAACUCCAACUCGAACAUGGCCAUCAUGCUCAUUGGCAACAAGUCCGACUUGGAACACCGGCGUGCGGUGAGCUACAAGGAAGGCGAGCAGUUUGCCAAGGAAAACGGCCUCAUCUUCUUGGAAACCUCGGCCAAGACGGCCGCCAACGUCGAAGACGCCUUUAUCAAGACGGCGCAGAAGAUCCAUGCCAACAUCCAGGCUGGCAUUUGCGACGUGACCAACGAGGCACAUGGCAUCAAGGUGGGUAUGACGGGGUCGGCCGCGCCGUCGGGCUUUGGCGCAGCGGGCGCCAACAACGCCAACAAGGGCGGUUGUUGCUAAGUUAUCCUCGCGGGCCCAUUUUGUUCGUCGCGGUCGGUGAUGGCGUAGAUGAUCAUACUAUCGAUGGAUUCGUUGUCGCUCCCUUCUCUUCUCCUCCUCCGUGUAAUACAUUUGAUCUCUUCCUGCAUG